AUGUUUUUAACUUCCACAAAGAGUAAAAGAAAUGACAAACAUUCUAUUGGCUUCAUAAAUAACCGUAAUGAUUGUUUUGCUAAUGCAAGCAUUCAGGCAUUAGUACCAUUGCAAUAUUUAACCGGAUAUUUAAAUGAUUUUUUCCAAACCUAUGAAAGAUUGGCAAAAUUGUUAGAAGAUGGAGGUGUUGAUGAACACGAUGGUUCUGACAAAACAGGCAGUAACAAAAAUAAAACUAAUGCUACCAAUACGAGACCUGUAUUACAAAGUUUUUCAUCAACAGCAACAAUCACACCUCAGAACAUUGACGAUGUUAUUCAAACCAACGUUGAAAAUGACACACCAGAUAUGCCAGAAGUUCCAUUACAUAAAGAAGUAGCCACAAUAAUACAGCAAUUGCAAAGAAUUGUAACUACUUCAUCAUAUAUAUCUGUUUGGCCUGUGUUACAUGCUUUAGAAAAAAUAUUUAAUGCCAAAAUAUCUGGCGGGCAAAACGACGCACAUGAACUCACCCAAAUAGUUUUGCAAGUUUUACAAAAAGAAAAUCAGUUGAUGAGAAAUUAUGUUGAUAAUAAUGUUAAUGCUCUGUCAAAUGAUGUUGUGAUACCAGAUUUCCCAAUAAAUGGGUAUUUAUGUGACCAUUUAACGUGUUUAAAAUGUGGCAAUACUUCAAGGAUCAAUAAACAUGAAUUUUGUAUGUUUUCUAUACAUGUUCCUCAACAAGCAAUGGACAAAUUAAGUAACAUGCUGGAUAAAAACCAAAUGGAAACUAUCGAAGGCUAUUCUUGUUUAACAUGUAAAAUCAAAUCUAUAUUAGCUAAUGAAAAGGCUGCAUUAUCAACAGAAACUAGCAAUAAAAAUGAUAAAAUUCUAGGUGCUUUGCAAAAUAUAGCUGAGAAUGGCUUUAUAAAUGAUGAUUUACCGCCAUUGUUAAAGGAGUAUGUUGAUAACUACAAUAAAAAUGGGCUUUCAACUAAGCAGUUAAAAUCUGAAAUAGUCAAAAAAACUGUUUUCAUUGACUGUCCUGACAUUUUAAUAUUACAUUUAUCCCGUUCAAUGUUCAACGGUAUGAGUUAUACAAGGAAUGAUUGUAAUGUAUUGUUUGACGAAGAGUUGGUAGUAAAUAGACAGCUUAUAAGAGAGGAUGAAAAUGGUAACGGUGGUAAAUGUGUUGGUGUAGAAACUAUUAAAUAUAAAUUAAAGUCGUGUAUUAGACACCAAGGGUCACAUUCGGCUGGACACUAUGAGUGUUACAGGCUAAAACCGUUCUUAGUUAAAGAUAUUUUAACAGGUGAAGUUAUAAAUAAGUCGCAGGUGAUAAAUUGGGGGAAUAAUUGUGAAAAACAACAGGAUCAAAAUAAUGAAGCUGAUAGCACUUCUUCUAGGACAAAAACUGAGACUGAAUUGGAAUUAUGUGCUGAUACAUUAAAUAAUAAUGGUAAUAGUAAUUUAAAUGAAAUUGUUAAAGAAAACGUCAACAAGAUCAGGAGUCGUGCUAAUAGUCUGUUAUCGUUGAAUUCCACAAGUACUGGGACUACUUGUACUGAAACAAGUAGUGAAUUUUCGGAAAACAAUGAUAUUAAUAGCGUAGGAGAAAAUCACUCUAAUAGUCAAUCACUUGAAAAAGUUAAUAGUACCACUAGUAGUAAUGAUAAUAGUACGGAAACUUCAAGUCAAUCCUCAUACAGAUCGUCAACAAUUAAAAAAAUGGCUGGAUUUAUAUCUAGAAAAGCUUCAAUAUCGUCCCAUUCUAAAAUGCCAACAACAUUAACGGCUGAUUCUGAACCCAAUGUAUUAGUUACUAGUGCAAGUGAAUUAUCUGACACUUUCAACACAGUUCCUUUAAAAAGAAAGCUUAAAAAAAUUAGAAGUAUUACUAAAUAUCCCUAUUGGAGAGUUAGUGACACGAAAGUAAGAGAAGUUAAAGCGGAUGAUGUAUUACUAGAGGGUAAAUAUGUUUAUAUGUUGUACUAUGAAAGAGUUUAG